AUGGCCGACGAAGCUACCAAAGCCAAGAUCCGAGCGACCUUUGACAAGCUCACCCCGGAGGACUUUGCCUCUGUCGCCGGUAAUCGUGACGCCCUGGCCGACAAGGUCGCCGCCGCCUACGGCAUCUCCAAGGAGGAGGCCGUCAAGCGGGUCGAGGAGGCUUUUGCCAAAUAA